AAAGAGAAGACCAAAAAACGAAAAUAAUGGAUCAAAUUUCUAUACUUUUAAUCUUCCAUUAUUCACGUAACACCUCUACUUCAAAUCAAAAUUAGAGAAAAGAAAAUAUAUACAAAAAAAAAAGACCAUUUCCUUGAAUUAUUUUUUUAGUUUUGACAAGAAAAAAAGAAAUGGGGAAUAAGGAAAAAACAAUUGGUGUGGCAGUGGAUUUUUCAAGGAGUAGCAAGGAAGCAUUGAAAUGGACAGUUGAAAAUUUGGCUGAAAAAGGUGACACAGUUUAUUUAAUUCACAUCAAAACUCACACACUCAAUGAGUCCCGUGACCAGCUCUGGGCAAAAACUGGUUCACCUCUGAUUCCAUGGGUGGAGUUUAGAGAUCCAGAAGUGAUGAAGUAUUAUGAUAUCAAAAAGACUGAUGUCCAAGUUGUUGAUUUACUUGAUGCAGCUACUAAGCAGAAACAGAUAAACAUUGUGGCAAAAGUGUAUUGGGGAGAUGCAAGAGAGAAAGUAUGUGACUCUAUUGAAGAUCUCAGGUUGGAUUCUUUGGUCAUGGGUAGCAGAGGCCUAAGUGCUAUCCAAAGGAUAAUGUUGGGAAGUGUAACAAAUUAUGUAUUGAACAAUGCAGCUUGUCCUGUGACUAUAGUUAAGGAUCCUGAUUUCCACAAGCAUUGAUCACAACUAAUUCCUCCAACAUGUUCAUUCAAUAAGAAUGUUUUUACACUCUUUUACUAUUGGAGAUUCAAGAUCUAUACACCCACAUACAAUAUAAUAUAAAGAACUUUUACAUUAUCGGAAUAAUAUAAUUGCUAACUGGUUAUAGCAAGUUAUUA